AACAUGGAUCUGUCAGAAAGAGACCAUUGGCGACUAGCGUUGACCCUUUAUCUCUCUCUCUCUCUCUCUCUUUAGCCAUGGUUGCUCUGCGUUUCAUCUUGUCAUCAUCUUUUCUUCUUCUUCAUCUUCUUAUCACUCAAGCUCAGCCCCACUCUCUCAAUAAGCCCACCUCAACAUUCUCGAUUCAAGAAGCCACUGUUGAUGACAUCAGAGUUGCUUUCAAGGAGAAGAGACUGACAUCAAAACAGCUCGUUGAGUACUAUCUCAAAGCAAUCUCCAAACUCAACCCCACGCUCCACGCCGUCAUCGAGACGAACCCAGAUGCGUUAGUCGAUGCAGAGAUGGCAGACAAAGAACGCCAGCUCAAAGGCGUCACUAAGCUUCCCAUGUUGCACGGUAUUCCGGUUCUGCUCAAGGACAACAUAUCCACGAAAGACAAGCUUAACACAACGGCUGGUUCCUUUGCUUUGCUUGGUUCUGUCGUCCCUCGAGACGCGGGUGUUGUCAAGAGACUCCGAAGAUCUGGUGCUGUUAUCUUGGGCAAAGCCAGUUUAAGCGAAUGGGCUAACUUCCGAUCUUCCAUCCCAAAUGGUUGGAGCGCACGUGGCCUCCAAGGAAAGAAUCCAUAUGUUUUAUCAGCAGAUCCAUUGGGGUCAAGUAGUGGAUCAGCUAUUUCUGUAGCAGCCAAUCUUGUGGCCGUAUCACUAGGGACUGAAACUGAUGGUUCCAUUCUUGCUCCAUCCAGUCAAAACUCGGUGGUCGGGAUUAAACCAAGUGUCGGGCUCACAAGCAGAGCCGGGGUGGUCCCUAUCUCCUUGAGACAGGAUAGUGUUGGGCCAAUAUGCAGGAGAGUUUCAGAUUCUGUUCAUGUCCUUGAUGCUAUUGUGGGUUAUGAUCCAUUGGACGAGGCCACGAGGACCGCUUCUAAGUACAUACCCAAAGGCGGUUACAAGCAGUUUUUGAGAGCUAAUGGCCUCAAGGGUAAGAGAUUAGGCGUUGUGUUUGGUUCUCUUCUUGAUCAUGACAUCAAAACACUAAGACAAGAAGGAGCCAUCGUCAUUGAAAAUUUAACGAUACCAUACUCAGAUAGCGGUGAAAUGACAGCACUUUUGGCUGAGUUCAAAAUCUCUCUUAACGCAUAUCUUAAAGCGCUUGUGAAAUCGCCAGUCCGAUCCUUAGCAGACGUUAUUGCCUUCAACAAAAAAUUUGCUAAAAAGGAAAAGGUGAAAGAAUGGGGACAAGAGGUCUUCCUUGAAGCAGAAGCAACCAAUGGAAUGGGUGAUAAAGAAAAAGAAGCGUUGCGUACAAUGGAAGAAUUUUCGAGGAACGGAAUAGAAAAGCUAAUGAAAGAGAACAAGUUAGAUGCGAUAGUGACAUAUGGUUACAUGUUGAGCUCUGUCCUCGCCGUUGGAGGGUAUCCAGGAAUCACUGUCCCUGCAGGAUAUGAUAGACAAAACAAAUAACUGAAUCUUUGGAAUGGUACAGAGAAAAGAAGUGAAUCUUUGGAAUGUCCAUAGUGAGGUAUGGUUACAUGUUUAUCACCCU